AUGAUAAUUUCGGAGAAUGUAUUGCCAAAAAGAUUCUUAGAUUCUUAUCCAUCUAAAAAGAGGAAGUUCGCAGAAGAAAAGUCAGUCAUUAGUCAAAUUAACAACUCUCAAAAGAAAGAGGUAUUUGAUGGGAAGGAAGAAUUUAGACAGGAUGGAAGUGUCAACCAAAACAGGAAAGUUACGGAGGUGACUGAAAGGCCAAAUGCAGAGAAAAGAGAGUGGUUUAAGAAAAUGGUGAGUUUUUAUUUCUUUAUUUUGAUUGUUGAUGUACCAAAAUUUAUAUAA